ACAGUCGUUACCAAGCAUAUAAAGAGAGCAUCCGGUUCGGUUCUGUCAAGACAUUUUCCCUAUGUCCAGUCGCAUCUCACAAGUGUCAAAUCAGAUCACCAUGGCUUCCCGUCCUAACAUUCACCUGUACACUACCCAAACUCCUAAUGGUAUUAAGAUUUCAAUCACCCUAGAGGAGCUCGGUCUUCCUUAUGAGUUCACAAAAAUUGAUAUCUCAAAGAAUACUCAGAAAGAGCCCUGGUUCCUAGAGAUCAAUCCCAAUGGCCGCAUCCCCGCAAUCACCGACACGUUCAGCGACGGCAAGACAAUCAACCUCUUCGAAUCCGGCAGCAUCCAGCAAUACCUCGUUGACGAGUACGACAAAGACCACAAGAUCUCGUACCCCAAAGGAUCAAGAGAGUACUAUGAAGUCAACAGCUGGCUCUUCUUCCUGAACGCCGGUGUAGGUCCAAUGCAAGGACAAGCCAACCACUUUAACCGCUACGCACCAGAGUUCAUCGAGUACGGGGCAACGCGGUACAUUAACGAAACCAGGCGCUUGUACGGCGUUCUAGAUACACAUCUCGCCAAGUCCAAGUCCGGAUUUCUUGUCGGUGAUAGAUUGACUAUUGCUGAUAUUGCCCAUUGGGGAUGGAUCCGCUCUGCUUUCUGGUCUGGUGUUGAGAUUGAUGAGUUUCCAGCACUGAAGAAAUGGGAGGCGAAGUUGCUUGCCAGACCCGGCUUUGAGAAAGGAAGGCAGGUUCCAGGCCCAGAUACGACAAAUGACUUGAAAAACAAUCCAGAGUUGAUGAAGAAAAAGGCUGAGGAGUCUAGGGCGUGGAUCCAGCAGGGAAUGAAGGCUGACGCUGCGAAGAAGUAA